AUGGGCAUUCAUGGGAUCUACAAGGAGAUUGGUCCUGGGAAGCGCAUAGCCCUCUCUAAGCUUGCCCUAGACAAGUUUGAAGAGACAGGCAGGCCGUUACGCAUCGCUAUUGAUACUUCCAUAUGGCUAUUUCAGAUUCAGGCUAGCAAAGGUGGCACCAAUCCCGCCUUGCGCACUUUCUAUUACCGUCUUUUGCGACUCAUCGCCCUCUCUAUACACCCUGUGUUCGUCUUUGAUGGGCCAAAUAAACCGCCUUUCAAGCGUAACAAACGUACCGGACCAAACGUGGCCUCGAUACCGGAGUUCCUGGCAAAACAACUCUUGAAGCAGUUCGGAUUUCCUAUACAUCUUGCUCCGGGGGAGGCAGAGGCAGAAUGUGCGCUGUUGCAGCGAGAGGGUAUUGUGGAUGCUGUUCUGAGCGAAGACGUGGAUACGCUCAUGUUUGGAAGUGGCAUUACACUACGCAACUGGUCACCAGAAAAGUCUGGAAAUACGCCGACGCACGUCAAUGUUUAUGAUGCAAUCGAGACCAAAAAUGGGCCGUCGGGCCUGGACCGUGAAGGCAUGAUUCUGGUUGCCUUGAUGAGUGGUGGAGAUUAUGUGCCCGAAGGUAUACCGGGAUGCGGCCCAAAGACUGCCUGUGAGGCUGCGAAAGCGGGCUUUGGUAGUGACCUCUGCAAAAUUUCGACUAGUGAUAGGAGAGCUGUGUCGAGGUGGCGGGAUCGACUGCAGCAUGAGCUAAAGACCAACGAAAGCAAGCUAUUCAAACGCAAGCAUGGUGCUCUCAAGAUCCCAGAUGACUUCCCACGGUUGGACAUCCUGGGAUACUACACGCAUCCUGCUAUUUCUAACCAGACCGGAUUGGAUAAGUUAAGACGAUCGAUCAAGUGGGAUCAAGACUUGGACUUUGCAGGGCUCCGCAGUUUCACACACGAUGCCUUCGAUUGGAUCCAAUUGGAGGGCGCGAAGCACUUCAUUCGCAGUCUUGCUCCCUCUCUUGUCGUACAACAGCUCCGUAUACGAGGAGAACGGCAGCAGCUACUACCUACGACUAACUUACAAGCAAUUCAAGGGGAUGAAGAUUUGCUGAUCAAAGGUAUACAUGGGAAGCGUCAACAUCCUGUUACUGACAACAGCACCGAGCUUCGCGUCAGCUUCACGCCAGGGGAGCUCGUUAACAUCGACCUUGAGAAGGAAGAGCCCGAUAGUGAAUUUGAUACACUGCCAUCCGGUUCUCAGAUAGGCGCAGUUGAUUUUGAAGAGGAGCUACCUUUGGGUCCUGACGAAGAUGCACCCAAGAAGCGAGGGCCUACAAAGUUUGAUCCUCAAGCACCAGCAAGGAUUUGGGUUUUGGAAACCUUUGUAAAGGUUGGCGUUCCUCUCAAGGUGCAAGAUUGGGAGGCAGAACGUCAAGCCAAGUUGAAACCGAAGCGAGCUGCUACUGUUCAGGAACCCAGCAAGCCGGUCUCAAAAGCAAGAACUAGAGCUAAGGCCACGAGAACUACAGGUACCGCACCACAAGCCACUAUUAAUCAGUUUGCAAAAGUUACAAAGCCUGGUGAGAAGGCGCUUCAAGCAUUGGCAAAGGCACAAGAGAAAGACUCUGAGCUUAUCCAACCGAAGGAGAAGCACGUCAAAGACUCCCAAAGCAACGUCAUCAGUUUACUGUCUUCGUCACCAGUACGUGAAACGGUAAUGUUACCCACACCAGAACAAUCGCGUAAGGAAUCAGUAGUCCUGGGGUUCGAGGAUCUGCCUGCAAGCGUCACGAAGAGAAGACGUGCUCCAAUGCAACGCUCCCAGACGCUCCCAGCCGCGACCAGCACAAAUCUAGAUCGCCUAGCAACAUCACCUUUGGUUUCAAACACGAUAGGUACAUUAGAUUUGGUAAACUCACCUGGGCUUCCUUUGCCAUUCCCGAUUCCAGCCAGAAAGCCAAGGACCCAACAGUUCGCACGAGGCCGUCGAAGUGCCUCGACAUCUUCACCAGAAGGAAAGUCAAAGCAGACCACUUUAGACGUAUGGAGAACUACGCCCACGAAACCGCUCGGCUCUCUCCCCACAAUUGAUGCCUCCCCAAUACCUGCACCUGCAGCGCUAAGGUCGAAGAUCAGCUUUGUCGACACCUUGGACAUGACCCUCUCGUCACCCCCUGGCCAUGUACCAAUGCCAGCGAGCCGCAAUGUCAUUGCUGCAAAAUCGCGACGGGUUACACCGCCGCGUGUAGUGCGACCACCACUUGACACCGCUUCACACAAAGCAUCACAGCGCUCUACGAGUUCGGUACUGUCGAGGAGCUCAGGCUCCACAUCCAUGGCGAAACAGAAAGAUGCUUCAGGGGCAUCGCCACCACGUCGUACCUCUCCUCGAUUGGGAAAGAGCACCUCGUUACCAUCAGAGAUCGAUAGCCUCGACCUGACUUCGCCCCAUAUGCAGCGUAGUAAGGAUAUUACGUCCGAGGCUAAUACUUUGGAUUUGACGGAACUCUCUUCACCGGCUCAUUCCAUCCAGCUGUCAAAGGUGACCACGGCCCCCAUCUCACCCCCACCGAUAUCCUCUUUUCCCUCAGAAGUACGGCGCUCCUCACACAGUCCUAAAGCUACUUCCUCAACAUCACCGCCUGCAGCCUGGAAGACAAGGGAGAAAAAGAAGAGACAGAUCAUAUUACGCAAGAGCGUCGCUGGUGCCUGGGAUUUUGUGGAUGUUGAUAGUCCGCAGAAGAAUGAUGGAAACAACGACAUAGUGUUGAAGGGUAAGGAGAGACAGAGGUGGAGGGAAAGUGAGGUGGAGGUCCUUGACUUAACGUGA